AUGACCGAAGAAAUAUUCUCAUUAAUAUUAUUGAUAUAUUAUGAAAUCUGUAUUAUACUAUUACAACAUUAAGGUAAACUCAAUUUCAAAAUUAUAUUAGCAUUUAAUAAGAAUGAAUCAUUAAUUAUUAAGAUAAUUGAUUUGAUAACAAUGAUAAUAACUACUAGAGUUUUGUUUUAUGUGAAAAGUACAAAAAAGAAUAGCACAAUCCUAACAAUUUUAAGUGGUUUUCGAAUAUCAAUACAAAUAACUCUAAGUUAUUUUUGUUAAGCAGAAAUACUUUAAGUCUAUUUAAACCUACUAUUUAUAUAUUCUCUCUAUUAAGAUUAAUUACAAAACUAAAUGUUAUCUAAACUUCCAUAAUUAUUUUUAAUUGGAAAUGUAUUUUUCGUUUAAACUUUUUAAGAUAAUUUCAAGAAUAUUGCUAUUGCUUUUACUUGCAUAUCAAUAAUAUACUCUUUUAAAUCUAUAAAAACUAUUUAAGCUUUACCUGAAAAUAAUAAAGAUUUUGGUAUUUGUAUUUCUGCACUACCAUAAAAAGAUUUGGAUCUUUAAAGAUCUUGUGAUUUCAAUGGAUUAAAUUCUAAAAGUUAAGUAUAUGGUGGACUUUCUCCAUUAAAGGAGUUAUCAAGAUCCAUGGAUACCAUCAUAUUUGAAGAAUAGUAAUAAUUUAUUACAAGAUAUUUUAAGUGCUUGGAUAAAAGGAUAAUAAUUCAUAGUCUUAGAUGAAUAAGUAAAUGUAGUCAUUUAAACUUUUAAUGUUGCUGAUAUUUCUAAAAAUUCAUUUAGUAAUUCUGUUGAAAAUGAAAGUGUUGCUGCUAUCUUAAAUCUUGGUAUAAUUUAAGGAAACAGAGAUUUUUAAGAUAUUGUGGCAAGUAGUGGUACUAUUAAUUAAUCAAAAUUACUAAUUAAAGAUUUAAUUUUCAAACUUAUAGGAGACUAUGAAUUAUAUAAGAAUAAUCUAUUUGUUAUAAAUAAAGUAGAUGUAUAAUGGAUGUAAGAUAGAAUUAUUAAAAUAUUUUUGGUAGCAAAAAUGAAAAAAACUUUUGUUUUUGUUUAAAUUGAAUAAAGAGAGAUAGUUUUUUAAACUUCUUAUUAAGCAUUUAAUUUGUUUUGUUCAUACAUUACACCUAGUCUUAACUCAAUUAUGACUAUAUCUGUGUUAGCAGAAUCAGAUACAAUAGUAAAUGAUUUAGUAUUUGAAAAAUAUCUUUAUCCAAUUAGAGUAGCAAGUGUAAUUGUUUAUUUAUAAUUGGCAAAUAUGAGGGAUUUCAAUUUACAUAAUUAGAAGAAGUUUUUAUUAAAAGUAUCUACUAUUGAUAUAAGUACAAUAUGUGAAGAUCUGAUUAUAAUGGUUUAGGAUUCAGCUAGAGCUAAGGGAAUAGAGAUUAAAAUAGAUUAAGAAUCCAUAGAAACAAUUGAUUCAGAUGCAGAAAGAGUAUUGUAAAUUUCUUAGAUAUUUAGUUAAAAUAAUUGAUGUUACCCUUAAUUAGGUAUUUUAUCAUACAAACAAAAGAUGAAAAUAUAACUAUUACUUGGAAAUUUUUAGCUUCCAAAAAUUAUUAGGUUAUCAUCUACACUCCCAUUAAUAUUGAUGAUUUACGUUAAUUUAAACUAAAUCUAAAAAAACCAACACCUUCUUUUUCAGAAUUCAAUAUUUGUCAUAUAUUAGCAUAAUAUUUAUCUGGAACUGCAAAAAAAGGAUUAGAUAUAUCUUUUGUAGAACCAUAAGGUACAGCAAUAACUUUUAUUAUUUAAUCAUUCAAUUUAAAUAAUGAAGAAAUGAAAGCUAUUAAAUUGAUAAGUGGAACUCACUAUUAAGAAACAUCUCUUAGCUAAAUGUUAGUCAUGCAAGAUACAUCAAAAUAGAAUGAUAAAACAUAUACUUUAUUUAGAGAAGAAUCAAAUAAAGUAUCUAUGGAUCAUUCACUUCAUUUUUCAUAAUCAAGAAUAUCUAAACAAUUUAGUUAGAAGUAUUCAGAAUAUCAAAGUAAUUAUUUUUCAUAAAUAUCAAAAAUUAAAGCUGAUUAAACAUCUUGUAUAUUUCAUUAAGAUGAUGAGACUAAGCAUCUCUAAAGAUUAAAUUAUUAAACGACACCUUCUUAAUCAAAAUAUUAAUUACCUCAUUUUCCUGAUGCCACUAUUAAUAAUAGUAUAAAUAAUAAUAGUGUAGUUUAUGGAAAUACAUUGAAUAUUGAUGGAAGAGAUAGAGAAUAAACAUUUAUAAGUUAAUAAUAAAUAAGUGAAAUUAAAUAACCAACUUCUUCAAAUUUAUAUCUUGAUUUUGGAGUAGAUGCACCUUCAUAAAUAUAAAUACCUGUUUCAAGACCUGUAAAAAUGUAAGGAGAAAUUAUUAAAUUUUCAACUUCUGGAAAGUGUUGUUCUAGAGUAUUGAUAGCUGAUUAUGAAUUCUAAAAUAUCUAGAUUUUAGAAAUGAUUUUAACAAAGUUUAAAAUACUUUCAUCUAGGGCUUUUAGCACUGAUGAAGUUUUAAAGAUGAUAGAAACUAAAAAAAAGUGUAAAUGUGGAAAUUCUAGUUUUGUUUUAUUUUUUAUAAAUGUUGAUUUGCCAAAGAAAGGAGGAUUAUGGUUAAGUAAAUAGAUUAAAGAUAAAAUGACUUAAAAAGGACAUAUUAUAGGUACUACAGGAUUAGUAGAAUAUCAUUCAAAAAUUGAAUAUUAUAAAUAUGGAAUAGAUCAAUAUAUAAGUUUACCAUUUGAUUUAGCUGAAGUGAGUAAAAUUUUACAAAUUUCAUAAAACUAUUGA